AUGCAUCUUCCACCUUUGAACAGCCUCCUACUGAGAUGUUUAAUUAUUUUCCUUUACCUAAGUGGGUCACCAAAUCGGGGGGUGCAGCUGGAAUGUAGAAAAAUAGUAGCCCACAAGAAGCAAUUGCCCGUGCAUGUAAUCAAUCCGAUAAAGGGCGAGAUCACACACCACUCGGGAAAUUUCAAAUUGUUAAGGAAACUGAAUUUUAUUUUUUUUAAAAAGAAAGAAAACAAGUAUGAAAUGAAAAAUUUGGAAAACGUGCCCCUGUUUGUUGUAACCAACGAAUUCGACGAUGCAAUUUUGUCGUUCACCUUGGACUACAACAGGGGUGAAAGGGGGGGGCAAACGGGGAGACAAGCAGAGGAAGAGAUAGAGAAGCAUGUAGGGAAGCGAAAAAGCGGGGACGAACCCCCCAAUGGUGACGCACCCCCCAAUGGUGACGCACCCCCCAAUGGUGAUGCACCCCCCAAUGGUGAUGCACCCCCCAAUGGUGACGCAUCCCCUAGUGACACUGCUAAUUCACGGGAAGGAUCCCCGCCCGUCCACGGGGACAGCCAACGCGACGAUGUAACGCUCGAAAAAAAUGGCCGCGAGGGGGAAGAGCUGUUUCCCCUGUUAAAAGUUAACCAAAACAAACGAAGAGAAAUCAACUUAAAAAACAUACACAACAAUAACGCGGUUGGAAUUUUUUUCUUCGAUUUGAAAACUGCAGAAGCGUAUAGAGAUGAUAUAUUACACUUAUUUAAUAAAAAUUUAAAAGAAAAAACAAAUAAGUUGUUCUUUGGGUCCAAAAUCAAAUUAACCAACUUGAAACAUUUUCUGGAGCUUAAAAAUUCCCACAGCAACACAAUCGAUUUUGUCCUAGUCCCGCAUUACGAACAACUCCAACACGUAUUAAAGAAUAAAAAGGUUUUUUAUGGCACCCCCGUGUACUACAUUAAUAAGAGUUUGAAGAAGGAUGUCCGGGUGGAGUUAUAUCCAAAUGUGUUUCUAACGUACACACUGGAUGGGUCGAGUGACGAUCGUGCCUCCCUCAUCAUACAGCUAGAAACGCGAGACAAGAAAAAAAAGUACGUACCCAUUUUCUUCUCCUACGAGCAAGCUAACCAAUUUUACAAAAUCUUUUUGGACAAAUUUAAAGGCCAUUUUCACGAAUACUGUCUUCCCACUCCGCGCAUCAAUUUGAACUCCUUUGAAAAUUUAUUAAUUCUAUUAAAAAUGGCCAACGAGGAAAAAGUACAUCCUUUUUACAACAUUUUUUUUGUGCCCAUGGGCAGCUCCCCAUAUGAAGAAAAAUUGUCUGCACAGAGGACCAACGUUUUCUCCUUUUACACGAAGAAGCUUUUCCAGAGAAUAAAUUAUGACUUGUUCAGGUCGUUUAGGAAAAACUUGAAUUAUUUAAUUGCGGAUUAUUUGUACGAUUAG